AUGUCUGGUGGACAUAAAUGGGGAGGCAAUGGCCUCGUGCAAUACCGUCCGUUUUUCAACUUCGUGCGAUGGCAUAGCAUAUCCCUCACCAGUGUCUUGGUCACAAGUGACUGCACAGAGCCCCGAAGUCUCUUCGGGUUUCUGAAGGAGGUCAAGGACGCCACAUUGUUUCUACAAACACGUUUUUCGAUGGACUACCUGGGCACUGUCACGAAAAAGAAGCUAGCCCGCGACCUGGUUGAGUUACUUUUCCCCGCACCCAUGUAUCGUUCUCUUUACAAUCAGUGUCCUGGACAAGAUGUUCUUUGCCGCGUAAAGAAAAUGUGUAUCCCGCCUGUCGUUAAGUCCUUCUUUUUUAAACUACAUAGUGAAACAUUGCCUGUUAAGUCUUGGCUCCAGAAAAAAGGAAUUUUCGUACCAUGGUCUGUCGAUUGCUUGCUGUGCAAAAAACCCGAGACUAUUGAGCACGUCUUCAUUGAUUGUUGGGACGCGCUGUUUUUUUGGGAUGUUCUCCAAAGAACACUGAAAAAAGACCUAUGUAUCACGAGAGAAACGAUUCGAUUUCUACCAGUCGAUGCAUGCGAAGCGGUUCCUUAUGAUAUGUUCAUUGUACUCGGUUUAUUGAGCAUCUGGAAAACUCGCAUGGAAUUCCGGCAUGAGCAGAAAAUGAAAUACGACAUAAAAACCCAUGCAGAACUUGAUUUCAAAAUGUAG